AACACAAGGCUUGGGCCUGUUUUUAUAGUUAAAAUGUGAGGCGAGUAAUAACAGCCUAGGCCUGAAUUCAACGGUCAACUGCGCCAUUCCAAACGUCCGGGCCUGGCACUGCGAGACGCUUCAUGUUGAUGAGAAGGAUUGAAAUAUCAAUGGCUUCCAGUCAAAGACUAGGUUCAUUAUACACAGGCCUCUUCCUUUUCCUUCUGUCGGUCUGUCGUUUGACUGCCCAAGUAUCCAGUGCCACUAAUUGCGAGGACAGCAGCUCCCAAGCUGUCCAUUCGCUCCUCUGUACCUUGCCUAUAAACGUCAACAUCACACGUAAAGAGUUUACGGUCUCCUUCGUUCCGGACGAUGGUGCUGAAGUGUCCUUGGUGGACUGCAGAUGGCCUGGAGAUGGGUUUUAUUGCUUCAAGUGGAAAGGUGUGGACUGUGUGCAGCCGGUGUCAGACCGGGUCAACAUCACUGUACCUGGAAGUGUUGCCUGCAAGACAGGACAAUACAGAGUCAAAAUAUUUGACACCAGCCAUCUGGGCAAGGCAACCUGUCGUCCCGCCAACCAGCUUGAUGGACAUGUGGAUCUUGUAACGCAAGCCAAAAACGAAGAUCUGACACCACCUAUAGAUGAAGACACAGACUCAACAGUCAUGAUAGUUGGCGUAUCGGUAGCAGCUGCAGUUGUGAUGAUUCUGCUUGUUAUUGCAGUUGUUUUGUACAUCAAGAGAAAAGAGUUUCAAGAUUGGCUAAAGCGAAAGGCUUCAGAUAAACGACCGAAAGUAGCAGAUUACCAGCCUACUCUUUCAGGCGACCCCGCGCGUGUGUGAGGUCCGCUACGUCUGUCGGCGAUGACGUGUUCCUGGUGGCGACACUUCGGUUCACCUCUACACUGACAGGUGUUCAAAUCACCUCUACACUGGCAGGUCUUCAGUUCACAUCUACACUGGCAGGUCUUCAGCUCACCUCUACACUGUCAGGUCUUCGGUUCACAUCUACACUGACAAGUCUUCAGUUCACCUCUACACUGUCAUGUCCUCUGUCCUCUACACUAUAUCAAUGCUAUGUCUGGUUGAACUUAAUACAUUCAACAGGUGCCUGUUAAAGGGACUUACUGACAUAUUGAUGUGGCUACUAGCUAAAACCAAUCAACUGACUGUAAAUUUAAAUGUUUUGCGCGACAUGUGCUUCGGUCAUACAGCAAUUCUAACUUCGCUAUGCGUUCAUCUGUUAGACAAUGUUUUUACCCUUGGUUUUUUGUGGCUUAUGAAACCAGCGUAAAAUUUGCAUUAAAAUAAUAUACUAUUAAUCUAAUCCAUUCAUUAAUCCAUCCGUACACACUUACACUUAUGCCGAAUAAUAACAAUAAUAAUAUCAUCACAUUAUGACUGCUAAUAUCUGUUAAAUAUUCGGAUAUUUUUGAAAGAGCUGGUUGUAUCACUUGAACUUGCAACAUUUGUUCUUUGUGUGUUUUCCCUGGAAGAUGUCAACAAACGUGAAGAACUGGUUUGCUAGAUUCUCAUCUGUAUUUCAGCUCUUGCAUGUCUUUAAAAGUUCAAAAGGUUACAACUAAAGACUCUAGAAUUACACAAAACAUCGGUGUACACCCCCAACCCCCACCACCACCAAGUUCAACGUUUCAGCGAGGACAUGUGACAGGCGUGUGACACAUGUAUGACACGUGUGUGACACCUGUGUGACGUUUGUCAGCGGUGACGUGCUUUCCUGGCGGCGACGCUUCGGUUCACCUCCAGCUGACAUCUGCCCACCCGGAACUGGACUUGCUGCCUUCUGUGACUUGUGGUCUGGAGAGGUUGGGACACGUGGGUUCCUCCAACACAGCUCCAGUUGACUGUCAUGCUGAUCAUUGUUGAGUUAUUCUGUCGAGCGACAUGUCAGUCAGUAGUCUGUCAGUGUGUUCAAUGUAGCUUGAGAAUGUCAGAAGUAGGUUUCAAUACAUUUUUCUCAGUUAGAAAAAUCAAGACAAUAAAUUCAGACUUUUGUGAAGGAUAUAUAUAUAUAGAUCAUCACGGAUUUUAAACAACGAGCUUGACAAAAUUAUUGUGAACAAAAUUUAUUCAAUUUACUUUUAAUUACGUUUUACACACGUCACUGUAGUGUGUAACCAAAUUUUUUUGGAGUUUGGAUAAAAAUACUUGAUAAAAGAUUAAUUUUCUCAAUACUUAUACUCUACACUUCAUAUCACGUGACCUUUUGUGAAGACAGAUUUGUUUCAGAAGAAAUUAUCAGUGAUGAUCUAUAGAACAACUAUUGCAUAAUAAUAAAACAAUAAAACUGUUCCAGCAUGUAACUAAUACUUUGAUUAGCUGUUACUUAUCAUUGAUGAUUUGAAUCAUUUGUUUUGUUUUAUGGGAGUGUUGCUCGAUAAUGUCUGCACAUCCUGUACUUCCAUGUGAUUUGUAUGUUGCGCAAAGCUUGAUUUACACUUUGUUUUAUUAAAUAGAUUUUCAAUGCAGUAAAUAAAAUUUUUAAUACGCUUUUGAAACUUU